UGCUUUAAAAACCAUACAGUAGGCUAAUGUUUAGGACGAUAGGUAGGUAGGUAUAGGGGGAUAAACACACUUUAGGUUUUUAAUUUUUCCUUUUUUGGUUGAUAGUUUUCGUCUCCCGCCAUUACUUUUCCAUUAAAGCCACCGGAAUCGCAGUGAAUGAGAUGAACGUCGGGGUUUCCCUUUCUGAGCCAGACACUUCGUGCUUUACGGUCAAGCCGUGAAUUAGACAACUGCUUCUUCAUUAUCAUGCAGCUGGUGAAAAAAGACGGAAAAAGCCCUACAUGUUGAUUGUAUUUCGAAACCGGUGUAAGACUACGUGAGAGAAAACCUCCCCGACUACGGCUGACAAGGACUCACAUCCUGGAGCUGCCUCACCUCAUCCGCCGGUGUCGCGUUCAGUAUGAUAUGUUGAUGAAUUUUUUUGGAAGUGGCCGUGUCUUUUGUUUUCAUUUCGGGAUAUGCGGAUCGGCUAAAGCAACGAAACGCAAACGAGCGGACGUUUUUUUUUUUUCCUGCUCUUAAAAAAAAAAAAAAAUGAGGAAGCGAUUUCAUAAAAGACCCAGAAAAUGGCAAGAAGGUCUCGUCGUCCGUGGGCCCGGAUUUGAGUGAAAAUGAACAGGGAAGGAGCAAAUGCAACAGAAGCAUGAUUUUUUUCCCCCCCUACAGAAUGACACCAAAGGAGGUAAAACGGUGGAGGCAGAUGAGACUCAGCAUCAAUGAAGGCGAUCUGGACAAGUUUUGAGUCGCUUUUAAUGAACAUAAAUACUUUGCUGCUUGAUAGCAGAUCGUUUCUACUAUAUUGACGGAUUUUUUUCCUCCUUUUUGGGGAGAUGUUCUAGUUCAUUUAUCUGCAUUCACAUUGUAUCUGUUAUAGCCUAUUUUUUUCCAUUAUUUGAUUUUUUUUUUUUUUUUUUUUUCACAUUUUUGAUCCGGAUCCAGCCCUGAUUAUUCAAUGGAAGUAUGUUAUCAGCUGCCGGUUUUGCCUCUUGACAGGCCGGUUCCCAAGCAUGUCCUCAGCCGGAGGGGAGCCAUUAGUUUCAGCUCCAGCUCUUCUCUCUUUGGGGCUCCUGAUCCAAGACAACUGUCACAGAGACGAGGGGCCAUCUCGUACGACAGCUCGGACCAGACAGCGCUGUACAUUCGUAUGCUAGGAGAUGUGAGAGUGAGAAGUCAGGUUGGAUUUGAACCGGAACGAGGAAGCUCCCACCCGUACCUGUGCAUCGACUUUCGAACUCUUCACACACGGCUGGGAUGUGGGUCUGCAAGCUCUGCUCCUGAAAGGAGGGUCCACAGACUUCUCAGCUUCCAAAGGUACCUGCACUCAUCUCGCUUGCUGCGGGGGAUCCCGCAGCAGAUCCCCCUCCACCUCCUGGAUGGAGACUACACUGGACAAGCCAGAUGCAUGCUGGAAAAAGUCGGAACAUGGAACUUUGACAUUUUCCUCUUCGAUAGGCUGACUAACGGGAACAGCCUGAUCACCCUGACCUUCCACCUGCUGAACCAGUACGGCCUGGUCGAGCUCUUCCAGCUGGACAUGGUCAAACUCUGGAGGUUCCUGGUCAUGGUCCAGGAGGACUACCACAGCGACAACCCUUACCACAACGCUGUCCACGCUGCAGACGUCACCCAGGCCAUGUACUGCUACAUGCGGGAACCCAUGCUUGCCAAGUCUCUGACCUCCUGUGACAUCCUACUGGGACUCCUAGCCGCCGCCACACAUGACCUGGACCAUCCUGGGGUCAACCAGCCUUUUCUCAUUAAGACUGACCACUACCUAACUACACUGUAUAGGAAUACCUCAGUUUUGGAAAACCACCACUGGAAGUCAGCAGUUGGCCUGCUCAGAGAGACAGGCCUGUUCUCCCACCUUCCUGCUGAGGACAGCCUGAACAUGGAGAGGGAGUUGGGCUCCUUAAUCCUGGCCACGGACAUCAGCAGACAGAAUGAUUACCUGUCCAGGUUUCGCCUGCACCUGGACCAGGACAACCUGUGCUUGAGCAACGCCAGCCACCGUCACUUCCUCCUGCAGAUGGCUCUGAAGUGUGCAGACAUCUGUAACCCCUGCAGACCCUGGGAGCUGAGCAAACAGUGGAGUGAGAAAGUCACUGAGGAGUUCUUCCAACAAGGAGACAUUGAGAAGAAGCACAAACUUGAAGUCAGCCCACUAUGCGACAGAGAGGCAAACACAGUUGGAAACAUUCAAAUGGGCUUCAUGACGUACGUGGCUGAGCCUUUGUUUGCAGAGUGGGCCCGUUUCUCUGACACACGUCUGUCCCAGACCAUGCUGGGCCACAUGGGGCUGAACAAGGCCAGCUGGGGUGGCCUACAACAGGAACAAACUUCUGUCUCUGAGGAGGCAGAGCCUAGCACAGCUGGCACCAACACAGAAAACUCUGCCGCCGCCAUCGCCCGAAGAGACAGCAACACAGCCACAGGAGGAACCAGCUCCAAAGAAAUACCUCAGGGAAGCAGAGAAUCCUGACACUCCUCAUGGGCCCUUUCACCUCAACCUCCUGACGCCUGACCCCGGCCUCAGGGCUUCUACACACACUGGGGGCCGGGUGGGGCAUGUGAUGGUCUGCAGCCCCGCCCCACCUGAUCCUUACACCUUGUUUAUGUUUAUUUGCUUUUGCCUCUCAUCUUGAUAAACCACUGAUUUUAUUUAAUUUAUUUAAUUUUAAUUCCUCUUUUUUUUGGUAUAGAGCAAUACAUAGAUACCUCAUUUGGCUACUGCUGUAUUUUCCUUUAUUUGCUUUGUUUUAUUUAUUUGUCCACUGUAGUUUUGGCAUUACUGACUGAACACACCACUUUUUGUUGUCAGUGAACCUUAAGAGGAAAGCAGUGUGAGAACUGAAGGAGACCUUUUUUUUUUUCUGGUAUUUUGAAGUGCCAUUUGUAAACAAAGAUUUGAAGAAUGAUCUGAAUUGACUGAUACUACUGGAGUAUUCAGACUUUUGACCCUCCUAAGACUUUAAGAUGCGUUGCAUUCGUAUUGAAGAUUCUUCCUCAUGUAAAAAAAACAAAAAACAAAACAAAAAAAAUGUGACAAGCCCAGUCUUUUUGCUGCCUCUAUGAAGACUGUUUACGCAUCUCCCUGUUUGUUCGUUGUUUCUUUCCCUUGAACUGAACAGAAUUAUGUCGGCUCCACGGUUUGCCUUCAAAGCACAGAUGUGAAGAACCACUCGUUUGAACCGUCAUCCCACUGUUGAAGCCAUGAGCAGAACCUUAUUCAAACACACCAGAUGCCAUAAGUAACUCCGCCUGUGCUACUAUGUGUUGUUGCACUCCUGAAUAAUGAUGGUGUUGGACGUGCACCCACUUUCUCCACAACACCUUGUGAAGGUAUUGUAGAAAUUAGUCUAUUUUUCUGAUGAAUCUUCCAGUGCUGGUUGAACUCGGGGUAACUUCCCUCCCAGACUGGAGUUCAGAAAUUCGCUGCACAUGCAUCUUGACCUGGAACCUCCACUCCAAGCAACUCGACUCGCUCAGGGUUUUGCCAGUCUCUUAUAAAGAGGGAGAGGAUGUGACUGCAGUUGAAGCAAGGUUGUGUUUGUUUGUUUUUUUCCUGGGAUCUACUGAAGGGAACUCUCCCUCUCUGCAGAAUGUCUCUCUCAGCUACAUGCAACCUAAAGGACUGCUCGAUUGAUGCCUUAUUACUAUGCACAAACUAUGCUAAGUGACCAAACCAGCUCCUGUUCCCAUCAAGUGCAUGGUGUGCUUGUCUCUGAAUGCACUGUCCAAUCCCUUUGCCUUUUUGUUGAGGAAUGACUCCAGCUGUCCUUUUCUUUACUUCUCUCUUUUGUACGGAAACAAAACGGUCGAGUGACUUUGAACAUUCCAUUUCUUUGUGUUUGGUUUGUCUACUUUGACUCUGUACAGUGACACAACUUGUGUUUGUGUUGAAACACUUUGGAAAAUAACAGGUGCUUUUCUUACUUUAGCUGAUUUGUAUUUUGCUGUAAGUGCUGUAAGACUGUUGAUAAAACUGUUUACAAUUUGUUGCAACAGCCAUUUUUUGGGAUGACUUAAGUGUCGAGCCAGAUUUUGUAAAGGCUUUGCUGUAUUGAACUUUUUGAUACAUGCUUGUUGCAGUUAAGAUUUGAAUAAUAAAACCUGUUGCUGACAA